GUGCAGGUGUUGCGGGCGAUUGAUAGAGAUGAGGGGGGGAAUGACAGCACUGUGUAUUUCAGCAUCCCUCCAGAGUCCAGCGCUGCCCUCAACUUCAGCGUCAGGGACAGCGGAGGCCCCACAGCCAGCCUGGUGCUGCUGUCCCAGCUCCAGCCUCUGUCCCGCUCCGCCUCCUCCACCCUAACGUUUCACGUGCCGCUGGUCCUGAGGGACGGCACGUCGGGCCUCACCAGCAGCGGGACGGUCACCGUGUCCGUCUGUCCCUGCCUGAGAGGAGGGGCGCGGGCCGGGGACAAAGACAAGGACAAACAGAGCGAGGGCGAGGGCGAGUGGGACUGGGAGAGAGAGGCGGUGUGUCUCCCUCAGCAGUCCUCCCUCCCCUCCCCCGGCCUCAGCACCGCCGCCCUGCUGGCUAUCCUCGCCUGUGUCGCCACGCUACUGGCGGUGAGUGGCCUGUCGCUGUCUCUGCGCCGGCAGAAACGUGACUCCCUGUCGCCGCUGGAGGAGGACGACGUACGUGAGAACAUCAUCACGUAUGACGACGAGGGGGGGGGCGAGGCCGACACGGCCGCUUUCGACAUCGCCGCACUUCAGAGCGCCCCGCACAGCUCGCGCUCUCGUGGCUAUCGCACACUGGACAGCAGGAAUGUACGUUAUUCCCAUCAUAACCAAGAAAAAGCUCGCACCUAUAGCUGGGCUCAGAAUCCGGGCAUUGAACACAACUACUCAGGACCCGGAGGACCUCUCUAUGGCCGCCUGUGUUACAGCAGCCACACGUUACCCGUUCUCCGCCGCACACCAGGUGGAACAUUUGAACCGGCCCUUGCCGAGCUGGGAUACCGCUACCCUGGGGGCCAGCCAGACCACUCUCUGGUCAUCCAAAACCAGGGGGCUAUGGUGGGGGCCAUGGAGUCCGGGGCGGUGUACAUCACUCCAACAGAACUCAGCACGGGCAGCCGAACAGGGAGUCGAACGGGAAGCCGUGAUGGAACUGGACCCCAAAGCGGGGUUAGCACUUCGGAUGGAGGGACACCGAGGACCAAUGACAGUCGUGAGAGAGGUGGAGGGACUGGAACUGCGAGCAACUGCACCGAGGGGAGCAGUGAGGACAAAGUGAACGGCAGUCAAGAUGUGGACUGGGUGCAGUCGGAGACAUUACCCAGGGAGCAUCACCUCGUCAUGACCAGAUCUGGCUCCAUGGUGGGCCAGGGUCACGCUGCAGGAGGCUGGGUCUGCGACUCGUCUACCCUCCCCCUCUCAGGACGCAGGGCCUCCCGAGGGGUCUUGUCCCCGAAACGCAUGGGUUCCGGUCAUGCUGAAUAUGACUCCAGCGGAGGAGGGGGAAAUGGAAAUGGGCGAACAAACCCAGAUGGACAGCAUCCUGCGAGUGCGCGGAACUACGCCACUGUCCUCCAGGGGGAGGUGAACGGACACAGGGACUAUCCCGGCAGCUUGGGGAGAGGAGGACUAGAAAUGGGGAGCAACUUUGUGGUGGCCAGGCAGGACAGGGAUGGCGGAGGGAUAUCAUCCGUUUACCCAGAAGCUGCUGGGAUGAUCGGGGACUGGCGUGAUCGGAUGGGUUUAGGGGGGUAUGUUUUAGGAAGAAGGGAUAUAACCCCCCAGAUUUUCCCCUUCCAUGGGCAGCCUCGGGGAGCAUACGGAGGGGUGAUGGGCUUCGGGUCCGGCUGGGUUCCGGGAAUGGAUUCUGCCCGAGGAGCUCCAGGGCCGGGGGGUCCCUCCCUAGCACUGAGGGUGGGCGAGUUCCUACGCCUGCGUCUCGCCCAGGUCACUUUUGACCCGUCGCAGCCACCGUACGACUCUGUGCAGGUGUACGGCCUGGAGGGCACAGGGUCCCGGGCCGGGUCCCUCAGCUCCCUGGAGAGCGAAGGAGAGAAGGAUGCGGAGAAGGAAGAGUGGGGGGCUGGGCUGGAGGAGUGGGGACCCCAGUUCCAUAAAUUAGCUCAACUCUUUACAGACAGGGAGAAAGAAAAAGAGGAAACAGAUGAAGUCGGUGCCAAAACGGAGAAGGAAAAGAGAGAUGAGCCGGAGAAGAAAGAGGAAGGGGAGAAGGCUGGAGAAAAGGGAAAAGACUGAGGAAACGAUAGAAACGAAACAAAUAAGGGGCAAAGGGGGUAAGAGAGAGAGGGAGGGGAUGGGGGGAUGAUGAAAAGGCAACCAGAGCUAGAAUAAUGUGAAGAGAAGUUAAAGGAGAGAAAGAUGAAGAGGCAAAGUAAUCAAAAGAGACAGAGAGAAAUGAGCCUAGGAAGGGAGGAGAGUGCGAGGGCAGGGGAGGGAGUGAUUGAUGUAAUUUAAAGCAAUAAGUGUUGAAACGCUGAUAUGGUUGAGCACAGAUACUGAGACAAUGCAGAGACUGCUUCGGCUCGGGGCAGCAACAAUUUGUUAAAUGCUUUGGACAAAGAAAAACAACCCAAACAUCCAACACUCGAUUUAAUUCAACUCUCACGUAUACGGAAUGAUGAAGCAGCAGGAAACAAGAAGUGUUGUUGUCGUGCAGGUCCGCGCUUUGUGUGUUUGUGUGUGGGAAAGUCUGUGAGAGGAUAUGGGUGUGUUUGCAAAUUGUGCAAAAUCGCACUUCUAUGGGUGCAUAUUUAAAAAAGAAGGAGGAAUCAUGAUACCCAGGGACGAUUUCAAGAUGGGACUGAUGACUGAUGACACGCGAGCUGCAACAUUAGUUUUCGGGACAAUGUGCAAGAGUGAACAAAUACAAAGCGAGUUGAUAAACUAGGAUAACACACCGAAUGAAAUAUGUAUUUGAAUAUAAAGUCUACGGAUGUAUUGAGAGAGAAAUUAUGGGGGGAAAGUGAGAAGAUUGUACAGAAACUGUUACUUUAUAUUUCCAUCUGCAGUGGCAGAAAAGUGAAUUAUUCAGCUCACUACUUCAUUCCAAAUGAAAAUGAUAAAUCAUUUAAAUCCUGCAAAAGAUUCCCCCUCCUCUCAGCCCACAAGGAACACAGACAUUGUGAAAGAUUUAAAUGCGUUAGGGAUGUGAUCCCCACAACCCCUACCCCUGUCAUCCCUGCAGCUUUUUGUAGUCGAGUGUUGGUAUGUUUACAAAGAUGCACACACAAACACACAGGACACAAAAAAAAUGAUGAUAAGGCUUUGAUUGUACUACAGUAAAUUAUAAAAGAAAAAAAACACAUCCACUAGAAUUCCAUCUACUUUACAAAGUAAUGAACACCCUAUUAUUCAUCUCUUAAAUGUUUUUAUGGAAGAAAGUCUCUUAUUUGUUAUCACCCACUCUAGUCUCACUCUACAAGUCUUUAGGACAGUAUGCAUGAAAACCUAAAGAGGCAAUCAAAUCCAUUCUGAACACUUCCCCAAUGAAAAAUAUUCAUAUUAUAACACUGCAGAGACUCUCGUGAAAAUAGGCUUUUCGUUCUUGUUUAAAGGUCAGGAUGCAAAUGAGCUGGAGUUUUCAGCUGGAAUGCACUUUUAUACCAUGUGAUGUUUAAUAAUAGAUUAAUCAUGUCAAAGAUUACAUUUGUUUUAUAAGAUGUCAAUUAAACAAAAAAAAAGAACUGUAUGUAAAAACAUUUCAAAUGUAAAUACCACUGAAUAUUAUUCCUAAAAGAGAGUAUAUAAAAUAAGUGAAAAAAUCCAAAUGGAGUACUGUUGGGACUAUCUGUAUGUACUGUAGAUUAGAAAUGGAUUUACUCAAAUGGAUUUAACAGCCUCCUGGACUGAAAACAACACCAUGUAUUCUCCACCUGUGUAAUAAAUGAGCAGGGUUGUUUUGUGGUAGCGCUCAUCUGAGAUGGACAAGCCAGGCAUUCAAUAAUACAUUUGGCCUCCAGCAGAGAUUUGUUGUGCAAAAUAUUGGUAACAGGAAGCUUCUGCUAUCGAGGAUCCCAGUGGGAGGAAAAACUUCAUGUGGCGAGGAGAAAUACCCCUAAUGGGCAUACAACAGAAAUUCAGUAUAUUUUCCCCAAAAUCUGAAUUAUUAUUCAGCCAAAGUGAUACAAUAAAAUAGAAUUUCUAAUAUGCUCCGUCAGUGUUGCACUGCCUGAGAGACACAAAUUAAAGAUUUAAAGAUGGUUACUUAACUUAAUAUAAGUAACCAUCUUAAUAUAAUAAACUGUACCUUUUGAGAGUAGGAUUUUUAAUAAUGUCUAUCAAAUGUAAUCUUUCCUGCAUUUCAGGCAAUGCAACUCAAGAACCAGCAUUCUGCUUUGAUCAAGUCAAGUCUAAUUUUGUAAAAUAAUGACCUUAGACUCAGAUUUGUUUCAUUUGUAGGAGUCCUAGGGAAUUUCGUCCUCACACCCUAACCAGAAUGUGGAAGCUUUUGGUGUGCCAUUACCGAAAUGUUACCAUUUGGUUCACUGUAAAGCCACCCACAUGCCACCAGUUUGGUCUGCCCAUAAUCUUGUCGUCUUCUGUCAACAUUUAGUUAAUCAAUCAGGAAGUCAGGCUUUACUUGGGCUUAAUCAAAACCCAAACACAACUCUAUACCCUUUAGCUGAGCCACAUACUUGUCCAUACAGUUCCACGGUUGCAAAUGGAUGUAACCAGGACCAUUGUAAAAAAUAACGCACAAUGACAGUAGAAGAGUGGGGGGUGCAGAACCUUGGGGUGUUCUUGGUUAUUAAAUAAUAGAGCUUAACUAGAUACCUGAAAGCUACUUUUAUGUUUCAUCAGCUUUGUAAAAACAAUCCAAAUCGAAAUUCACUUACAUCAGCAUACUCAGUGCCAACAUUAGGAAAAUUCCGGUUUAUUACAACUUGGGUCUUCCUUUAAUAUAUUUUUCCAAUAUUUAGAGCUUGGCACUGGAAUUCCAGGCCAGUCAAAGGUAUUCUGAAGAUAACAUGGAGCAAUCAAGUUAUUACAAAAAAAUUCUGUUAACAAAAGAUAUCAACGUUUCCUGACCUAUGUCCGGGUUUAAAUCUGAUCCACUGAACUUGCCUUAGUUCUGCCUGCACACGGCGUUCCUAUAAUAAGAUAAGAGAUGAGAACCAUUGGGACCAUUUUUUCCUAGACAUUUGAGAGAAUAAAAAGAGAGAAAUUAUAACAAUCAUUUUGAACCCAUUUACACCAGGUCAUUUCAUGUGUCUUGCUCAAAGACCUGUAUAUCUGGAUUCUAAAAUACUGACUUGUCAAGUUGUAAUACACCAGAAUUAUGAUGUAACCAUUAUUGUAUUGGGGAGAACUGUCAAAGGAUAUCCAAUAGAGGGAUAACAUUGAUGUCUCUUAUGAUGAUUUCACUUGUACACCUAAAAUGACUGCCAAAGAACUUGGGAAUAAUUUGUUAUGAGAAUGAGUAUAGUGGGUAAGCCCACUAAUGUGUUGCUUUGUAGAUGCAUCAUUUUGACAAUGUUUUCCUUAGCUUUUAUGUGGAAUGUGCCAACUUUCUGAGUAGCUGUUUCUCACGACACAAUUAAGCUAUCCUAAGUUUUACAAAUGUUUUUGCCAAUUCACGGGCCGCCAAUAGCAAAAGAAGUUAGCAUUGUUUAUCAUAAAUGGCCUUUUUGGCCUUCCAAUCAUAUGGUGUCUUUGAUUUGUUCCAAGUGUUUCAUCUCUGGUGAUUUGUCAAAAUCAAAGUGAUGAUUCUCCUGAUUUGGCUUAUUUCUGAGUUCUGAAGUGCUGUGUUGACUAAACCACUUGACGCAGCUGAUUAUACCACCUUGUGAGCCCAGCAAAUGUGUUCAAUCAAAAGCUUGAUUAGUUGAAUCAGUUGUUUUAAACACAAAAAAAGCCUGCAGUCUUUGCAGCACUCCAAAACUCUUUUUUGUUUACUCUUUCAACUAGCUUCAACCCACACUGGCUGACGAAAUUGGUCUUGUCAGGCCAUUUGUCAAGCACUCUGUCCAAAACAAAAACCUUCUUGAUACUGAGAAUACUGAUGUCACUAGCAGAAAAGAAAGAUGCGAGUAGAUAUCUUAGCUUUUAGAAGUUGAAAUAUAGUUUAAGGGUGCAGGUUAAGGACUAAAAUAAUUAUAUUAACCCCAAACAAGUAGACCCUAUUGGUUCUGUGCCCCCCGGGUGACUUCAUUGGUCCUGCACGAUGUUGAUACAAUUCCACAAUUGCGUGGUGAACAAAGUGUAUUUAUUUAUGUUGUAAUUUUUCUUUUUGUAAAUUUGAAUAAA